AUGUCUGUCUGUUUUCUGCGAUGGACGAAAACAACGAUGGUUUGGUAUUUCGUAAUAAUUAUAGAUCUAACUUAUUCAUCAUCCAUCAAAAAUGAUUUAUCAUGUUAUGUGUGUUCACCAAAUUCAAUUUCUGAUAACACAGAAGCUUCAGAAAUCUCUAUAACUUUUUCAAAUUAUGACAUUGAAAAAAUACCAACUUGUGGCUCAAAUGCUGCAGUCAAUUUUACAUUGAAAUGUCCUGAAGGAUACAAAGGAUGUCUAACUAAAACUUAUGGUAAAAGUAUACUGAAAUCUUGCAAUGAGUAUCCCAUUGAUGAUUGCAAAAUAGCAAAUAAUGUGAAGUAUUGUUUUUGUGAUAAAACUUUAUGUAAUAAUGCAACAAUUUUAACUCCAGUUCCAAUUUCAUCAGAUGAUGAAGAUUUAGACCAAUCAGCAGAAGAUGGAAGCGGGCUAUUUGAUGAUUUGACUCAAUUAGAUAAACAUAAAUAUACCAACAAAAUUAUUAACACUACUGCAAUAUUUAAUAUAUCUACAAGGAAUAAUUCAUUUACAAAGGCAUCAGCUAAUAAAUUAGUACUGCUUAAGCAUACUUAUAUUUUAAGUUUAAUAUUCAUAAUUUAUAAAGCUAUAUAA